AUAUGCUCAGUGCCUUGAGCUUACUGAGCCUGUAAGCUGGGACCAGAGGGCAGGUCGAAGCCUGGCUGCUCACCAGUCCGCCUGGGGUGGAAGGGAAUCCAGCACUUCCCAGCUCUGAUGUUUCCGUAAUGCACCCACUUUCACUUUGAAUGCUUGUUCCCCUUCUAGGCAGCGGACCAGCUCACAAUAGCAAAAUCAGAAGUGGGAGUAUGUCGCCCCAAAGCAAGAAGACCCCCAGAAUCCCUCACCAAAACAUGGCCACUGCAAGAGGGGGUCACUGCUUGGCUCUUCCAGCACCAACGCACCACCAUGUUCCCAAAAAGGGUCGCAUUUCCUAGGCACAGAGGAGAGGCUUCUUGGCUGGUUCUUGGGCAAAGACUGGCCAACCUCUGCAAGCUGGAAGUCCUACUUGGGGGGAAGUCAGGAAGUAGCCCCAAAGAGUCCCUUUCUCUUGUCCCGAAACGGAGUAAAAUAGUGGGUUCCCAGGUGCGUUGAGUCAGAUCCCGUCCAUGCUCUAUGAAGCCGAGGGUACUAGGCCCCAGAAGAGGGGCUCCAGUCCUAGCCAGCAGCUCAGCUGGAGCCUGUUCCUUGCAAGCUCCUUCCAGGAUGAGCCAGCCAGACUGUCGAUGUGGGAGCAUGAGUGAAUGGUGCGCAAAGAUCGCUGUCUCCAUCUCAAAGUCUCUGGAGGAGGAAGAGUUGUUACGGGGGUCUGGCUGCAGAAAGACGCGUGGGUUCCUGGAAAGAAGACAGCCCCAGCGGCCCCCCAAAACGCUCAUCCUGAGCCAGGCUGGUCCCGUCCUCGCCACUCUACCAUCUCUGGCCGCCAGCAGAUUUCCCUGACCUGUCCCCGCCGCCUCAGGUCGCAACCCCACCGCGCACCCACCUCCCCUCCCCGCCUCGAUGCGCUGAUCUGGGCUCCGCUGGGAUAAGCGCCACUGGGGUCUUCUCCAUGCGGCUCGGGCUAUGACAGCCUCCGUGCUCCUCCACCCCCGCUGGAUCGAGCCCACCGUCAUGUUUCUCUACGACAACGGCGGCGGCCUGGUGGCCGACGAGCUCAACAAGAACAUGGAAGGGGCGGCGGCGGCGGCGGCGGCGGCGGCAGCGGCGGCAGCGGCCGGGGCCGGGGUUCCCCACCCGGCGCCGCGCGGCGGGGGCAACUUUUCCGUGGCGGCGGCCCGCUGCGGCGGCGGCGGCCCGGCCAACCAGUGCCGCAACCUGAUGGCGCACCCGGCGCCCUGGCGCCCGGCGCCGGCGGCCGCCUACAGCAGCGCGGCCGGAGGCGCCCCCGUCGGGCGCCGCGUGCCGCGCCGCGCAGCCGCCGCCGCCGCCGCUGCCGCGUCGUCCUCGGGAGGGCCGGGCCCGGCUGGCCCGGCGGGCGCUGAGGCCGCCAAGCAAUGCAGCCCGUGCUCGGCAGCGGCGCAGAGCUCGUCGGGGCCCGCAGCGCUGCCCUAUGGCUAUUUUGGCAGCGGCUACUACCCGUGCGCCCGCAUGGGCCCGCACCCCAACGCCAUCAAGUCGUGCGCGCAGCCCGCCUCGGCCGCCGCCGCCGCCUUCGCGGACAAGUACAUGGAUACCGCCGGCCCCGCGGCCGAGGAGUUCAGCUCCCGCGCUAAGGAGUUCGCCUUCUACCAGGGCUACGCAACCGGGCCUUACCACCACCAUCAGCCCGUGCCUGGCUACCUGGAUAUGCCGGUGGUGCCGGGCCUCGGGGGCCCCGGCGAGUCGCGCCACGAGCCCCUGGGUCUUCCCAUGGAAAGCUACCAGCCCUGGGCGCUGCCCAAUGGCUGGAACGGCCAAAUGUACUGCCCCAAAGAGCAGGCGCAGCCUCCCCACCUCUGGAAGUCCACUCUGCCCGACGUGGUCUCCCAUCCCUCGGAUGCCAGCUCCUAUAGGAGGGGGAGAAAGAAGCGUGUGCCUUACACCAAGGUGCAAUUAAAAGAACUGGAACGGGAAUACGCCACGAACAAAUUCAUUACCAAGGACAAACGGAGGAGGAUAUCAGCCACCACGAACCUCUCCGAGCGGCAGGUCACAAUCUGGUUCCAAAACAGGAGGGUUAAAGAGAAAAAAGUCAUCAACAAACUGAAGACCACUAGUUAAUGGAUUAAAAAAUGGAGCAAGAAGGCAACUUGAAGAAAUGCUUCAGAACUCGUUGCUUUGCUCAGAUUAUGAUAAUAAUGUUUAAUAAUAAUUGAAGAAUGGGAAAGAUAAAGAGAGAUACUGACAUUUUGCUCUCCUUGGGGAGAUCUCUUUCUCUUUAGUGGAAUCUACAACUGUUUUAAAACUCUAUGAAACCGUAAAGACUGCCAACUCUCCCACCAACCCCACCAGCCCUUAAGUGACAAACUCUAGUCAAACGUCAACCCCUAAAUACGCAAUUUCAGAUAAGUUACGCAGUUACUGAAAUCUUGUAAGUAUUUAUGUGACUGUUAUAUUUUAGGACACUGUGUUAGGUGGUAAUAACCUAAAAGUUGGUUACAAAAGCAAGAGGUGGUUGUAAACAUCUGCUUGUCCUUAGGUUGCCAUUCCCUUUGCAUGUUAAGUGCCUGCUCAGGUAAAUCUUAGUGAAAUUCCUACCAUUGUUGUAUGUCCUGCAAAAUGUUUUAUGUAUAGAUUUAGAGGGGAAAUGAGAAGGUACUGAAAUAAUGAUUUUGGACUAUUUGCUAUGAAGGAAGAAAGGGAGAGAAAGCUCUUCCGAGGAUCAUUUGUCUUGGUAGUAAAAACAAACAUCUGAACCUAUGAGGCUACAAGGGAACUGGGGUUGUUAAUGUUCUUCUGAGAAUAAUUUUUAAUUGCUUAUAACAAGCAUAUUUUGUGGCAUUUUGACUCUAUUUAAUGCCCCAUAUCAGUUAUUUUCCAAAGGAUUUGGUAUCUUUUUACAAAUGUUUAAAUCAUCACAUGAUCCACAGGGUUCACUUUAUGUCAGAUCUAACCCAGGGAGUCCCACCUCAAUGUGGACUUUGGUUUAAACACAAUUAUUAUUUUUUUCAUUUAAAUUGGCAUUCCCCAAUAUUUGCUAACCAAUUUUAUUGGAGAUAUCAUUUUCCUUUAUUUUUUAUAAAACUCCAUGAACAUCUAUUCCCUCGAAACAUUUAGAUAUCGGACAUUCUUUAUUUUGAUCUAUUAAGGGAUUAGUAUUUUUCCUUGUUUAUUGUGUUAUCAGACUGCAUUAGAAAGAUUAGGGAUUCACUUCUCAGCACAUUUUUAAUCAAGCAGUUAUUUCAACCAGCACAUUCGUUUUGUUCCUAUUCACUAUAAAAUGAUAUCUUGUAAAUAAAGACAUUCGGCACACUGUGAAAAUGUAUUUGUGCACCUACUUUUAAAAUAUUUCUACUAAAAAUGAAAAAAAUUUAAACCUGUAGAUAGUGAUAUUGGUAUUAAUUCUGUUAAUAAAAUAGUCACAGCCAUUAAAAUCUGAAAGAAAUACUCAUUACUUUCCUAUGCUAAACAUGCACUGCACAGAAAGAAAAGGAGCAGGUUUGUCUUAUAUAAACCAAGGACCAUUCUUUUCUAUUACAGCUUUUUUUUUUUUUUUUUGGUACAAAAAUUUUAAUUAAGGGAGAAAUCCCUCAUAACUGAAAUCCUUUAAAUGAUAAGGGCUUCAAGGAGAUUAAAGUGUCAGACAUUCUGAAAGGGAGAAAAAAGAAAGGAGGAAGAGAUAGUAUAAAUUCCCAGGCUCCCUGUGGAAAAUGAAAACCAGUUGUUUUGUAUCAGCAAUGCCUAGGCUGCCGUAUUUUAAAAUCUGCUGUUGGGUCUGCAUGUGUCUGAGAGGGCAGGUUUUGAUAUUUGUUGAAAUGACAGGACUACGAAAGGCCUUAAACCUUGACCUUGACGAAAAAAGACAAUUUGUGACCUUGACUUUUGACAGCUCAUGAAUUGGCCUGGGCUGGAUUAGUAGAUCAAGGGCGCCACCUCGCGUUGACAAGCCUCCUUGUAAUUCUUCCACUUCAAGAGAAUCAAGAGCUCUUUCCUCCUUGACUUAUUUUACAGAUUUAAUACUAAUUUCUUUGGCUCCAGAUAGAGCAAAUUUGAAUAUAUGUAAAUUAUACAUGUGCCUGUAUAUAUGUGAAUAUAUAUCAUAUUUGUAUACAUGUA